CCAAAGUAUGUGAACCGAGCAGCGAAGGCGUUCAGUGUCGCCAAGAUACUCGCGUGCACGCGUAAUCGUCCCUUGGACGUUAACAGUGACCCGCCAGCAGCCCAGAGAAUUUUAAUCAGCGUUCGAAAUGCGCCCGUCGAGCCAUCCUAUCGCAAGAAACUCGAUUCAACGUUUCCAUCGACGCCACGAAAAGGCCACGAAGUUCAGCGAAAUACGAAAGUGCGUUUCCUUCGCAUUUUUUCAACGUGGCUCGAGACUAUGCGAUCCGCCGGGGACCUUUGGACGUUCACCGUACAAGUUUCACCAUUUCGUACGAACCGUCUGCGUACGGUACGAAAGGCACCGAGAGCAACGAGGAUGUAGCCGCCUGUACCAGGAGAAUCGCGUCGAGGAUGUGCAGAAGGGAGCAGCUGAACACGGAAAGGUUAUCGUCGUCGCGCGUGUCGCCGCUGCAGGAACAAUCGACAAAGAUCGCUGGCCCCGUGAUAUAGUGAUGACGAGCUAAGGCAUCAUCGAUCCGUCCCGAGUGAAAUCACUUUUUGUCCGACGCUCGAGAUCAAAGACCGCGAGACCGUAUCAAAGAGCGAAAAGAUGUUGGGAGUGAGUCAACCGGGAAAUCCGCCCUCGAGCUUGCGACACUCGGCGAGCUUCUCUUGUCUGCAGCGCAGCACCGCCGGCGAGGGACACCGGGCGAGGACCUCGACGCUGUUGCAACAGCCGAGCUUGCAGCUCAGAGGCAGCCAUCAUCAGUACGCGUCCGGUCAGACGUCGUUGGUGCAACCGUCGACGGGCACCGUUCAGCAUCGCGUCGAGGCGCUCGAGUCCAUACAGGACAGCAACGAUUACGGUUUCGUGAAGAUCAGGCCCCGUCUGCGUAGCACCAACGCCACGCUCUACCACGAGGAGGAGGUGGCGGCGCAGAAGAGCGCGCUGUGGGACCGGGACGCGUCGGCGUUCAGCGACUGCGAGUGCGACACGAACUUCCGCGACUGCUCGCUGAAGAUCAAGGACCGGGAACACUCGCCGAAAGGCGUCGCAUCCAAGAACCAGAACCCCCUCAGAGGCGCCCUGAUACUGUUCACCUCGACCUCGUCCUGGUGGAAAGCCAGACAACGGGAGGAUCAGCUGAACGGUACGUCCGCGGACUGCUCCACCGCCACGGUGUCGUCGUCCGAGCGAAAGUGGUCGAACGCGUCGAUGGCCUCGCCGUCGAACGAAAGAAAAUGGCCGUCGGUGACCUCGCCGGCGAACGACCGGAAGUGGUCCGUGGGCAACAACGCGCUCACGUCGCCGGCCAACGACCGAAAGUGGACCCGAUCCUCCGUGUCGUCCAACUCCAGCAGACAGCUGGACAGGACGUGGAGGUCCCUGGGCGCUCUGCUGAGGGCCCCGAGCGGCUCGCACGCGGUCCAUCACUCGAUGUCCCACAACAUGAGCGUCUCGAUGAUCGAGGCCGACCACGUACGCGAGGAUCUGCGCGGCUCCGGUUACAAGUCGUCGCGUUAUCAGCAGCCCACGUCCUAUUCCGCCCGCGUGUCGCGAGUCAGCCGGGACGUUUACAGAGAGAACGGGGAGUUUAGUCAGACGGGACGAUCGAAGGUGAGCCGCAGGCUGUACCAGGACGCCGCGGAAUCGACGGACAGGGACGCCGAGGACAGACACCUUCCGGCCAUACACCAGUUCUACGACGAGUGCAUAGGCGCCUCGAAUCGCGAUAAUGCCGGGAAGGUCGAUCAGCCGACCGCGGAGACGCGCACCGCGUUCACCAGAUCCAGCAGGGCUCAGAGCUUUUAUCUGUUGGACGAUUUCUUGCGGCCGCAGCCUCAACAGAACAAGUGCAUGCUCAACGUGUACUUGUCCCCGUCGCAUUCCAAGUCGGAGACCAAGCAGCCCACGCAAGCCAAUCUGACCAACAUAACGCCGCCGCGACGUCAUAACUCCAGUUCGGAUAGCCUCGAGGUCGCCACUAGUCCUCUUCCGCCGCCUGUGCCGCCACCCCCGCCCCAGGUCGCCACACGGGACCGGGAACGGAACGAGAAUUUCAAGGAAAAGGACGCGUGCCCGUGCAAAAUGUGCUGGACCAAUAUGCAGCCGAGAUCUUUCGUAGACGAGAGUCCUGGAACGUUGCACAAAGAUGUCGGUGGUGCUGGUACCAAGGUCAGUGGAAAGACGGUCGGCGGUGUCGGGACUGCAACCCUCACCACACUCUCCUCCAUUUAUAAUACAUCCAACACCAGCCGGAACAAAAACAACAUCCCUGUAUCUCAAGAGAAAUUACUGUCAUUCUUUCAUCCGAAACCGACACGAGUGGACAAAUCGGACAACAACAACACGAACAAUUCAACGACUAAUAACAUCCAUAAUAUGCCGAUACACGAGCCUUCUAUCAACGCCACACCUCACGAAGUGUAUCCCGUGAGAUUGCCUCUGACAUUGCCUAUGACACCUCAAGAAGCGAUCAAGUAUUACGGCUCGAAGUUCACAGAGUUCGAGCGCGCUGAAAUCGAGAAAUACUCGGAGAUUUGGUAUCUGGGCAUGAUGUCCAAUAAAAUUCACGGUGAGGAGGGCGCGUCCCAAAACGGUGGCUACGAUGACGAAAACGGUAAUUACAACAAGGUCCUCCACGAUCAUAUCUCGUACAGAUACGAGAUACUGGAGGUAAUAGGAAAAGGAAGCUUCGGGCAGGUAAUCAGAGCGAUGGAUCACAAGACGAAUCAGUUCAUCGCCAUCAAGAUCAUCAGAAACAAAAAGAGAUUCCAUCACCAGGCGCUCAUCGAGGUGAAAAUCUUGGACCACCUCAGGAAGAAAGACUUGGACGCGAACGCGUCCCACAAUGUGAUACACAUGCUAGAAUACUUCUACUUCAGGAACCACUUGUGCAUCACUUUCGAGUUAAUGAGUUUGAAUUUAUACGAGCUAAUCAAAAAGAACAACUACCAGGGAUUUAGUUUGAGCUUGAUACGACGAUUCGCUAACUCGUUGAUCAGCUGCUUGAGACUGUUGUAUCGAGAAAACAUUAUCCACUGCGAUUUGAAGCCCGAAAACGUGCUACUGAAACAACGGGGAAGCAGCUCGAUUAAGGUCAUAGACUUCGGAUCCUCGUGCUACAGCCACCAACGUGUAUAUACAUACCUUCAGUCCAGGUUUUACCGAAGUCCAGAAGUACUUCUGGGUCUUCCAUAUGGUACGCCGAUCGAUAUGUGGAGUUUGGGUUGCAUUCUUGCCGAACUGUACACGGGUUGUCCAUUGUUCCCGGGCGAGGAUGAAAUCGAACAGCUCGCCUGCAUCAUGGAAGUUCUCGGUCUGCCGCCAGAGCACAUUAUGAAUCAUGCGUCUCGUCGCAGACUUUACUUCGAUCCGAAGGGAGGUCCUCGAUGCGUGACAAAUAGCAAAGGCAAGCAAAGGUGGGUUGGCAGCAAGAGCCUUGGGAUGGCUCUACGCUGCACCGACAAACUUUUCGUGGACUUUGUCAGCAGAUGCCUCGAGUGGGAUCCAAAGGAGCGCAUGACCCCCGACGAGGCGAGGCGUCACGAAUGGCUGAACGCAUCUUCUUCUCACGUGAGUCCCUCUUACGCGACGGUGGCCUCGUCGACGACGGUGAACUCGAACUCGAACUCUAACUCGAACUCGAACGCGAACACGAACACGAACACGACGACCGUCGAGAGCUCGUCGCAGGCUACGCACGCGCAGACGGUGAGCGUGGCGGUUAGCGCGUCGCGGCAACGAGCCAUCACCGUCGAGGAUCCUCCGUACCCGAUCCGCACUAUGCACAGAAGCCGUAGGUGUCCGCAGAGGAUCAGCAGGGCCGACAAUUCCGGCCUCGUGGUGAAGAGCAAGCUGAACGGUAGCGCGAGCAGUCAUGCUAUUUCGAGCAGCGUGCAGACCACCACCGCGAGACACGCCUCGACCGGCGAUAUAGUCGCGAGCCUGGACCCGAAUCUCGACGAUUCCGGUACGUUUUUACCGCCGAUAUUGUGAAGUCGGGUCUGCGCUAGCCACUUCUAGAUGUUAUCGCGCCGUACCGUGUCGCGAUCGAACUCGCUCUCGCGCGUACAACCGGGACACCCGAUAAAGAAUACCCUCAAACUUUGCCCCCCCCCCCCCACUUCCGAUAAUCCUCGAUAUCGGUGCGUCUCUGUUGUUCGAGAGAGGAAACAAUUCGAUCGGAAGGAACAGGUCGUAAAACAGGUUUGAACACGACCGGUUGAUUUGGUCACGACAAUAAAGCAAUAACACGGUCGUCCGUGAGCCUAAGACCAAUUUAGCCCCGGUACGGAAUGAUUCUGAUCGCGAUUCGUCGACGAAUCCAUUCGUAAAUGCACCGUUGUACCGUUCGUGCGGCAGCGUGUCCGAUCCGCGCUUAGAGUGAGCGAACACACUCGUGUAUUCAGGAUAUGCAACAAUCGAGACAUGUAGAAUUGGCUGGCUUGAUCGGCCCGAUCGUUUUUCGACGACGUCAAAAGGCUAGGCAAAAGAAAAAAGAUACAAAAACACACACACACACACACACACACAACACACGCAAAGAAAAAAACAAAAUGUUGCUAGUCUUGGCAUGCAUCGAGCCAUAAGGCCAAAAUGAUUUGACGAACGGGAGGCGCGAGCGUCCUUGCGAAAACGCCACGCGAUCGUUUCGCUCGUUCGUUGGUUCGACGAACAGACGACGCGUCGCGCCGUUCCCCGAUAUAUGUCACUCAGGUAAUGGUAACGACGUGUAUGCACCAAUCGUAGUCGAUCGAAAGUAACGUAGAGUGUUUCGUUCCCCCCGACAUUCGACCCUUGUCCUCCGAGUAAUAGUGAGAAUUUACUUAGCUAAAUGCGCUUUGCGAAUCGGUAUCGGGAUGAAAGAACCAUUCGCCGUGGAUUUAGAAAGCGUAGAACCGCGCGCGGAUCGUAUCGGUGGUAACUUCGGCGAUCCCGCGAGCGCAAACGACGCAAACGUGUGUCCGAUUCGCAAAUCUACGAUCACUAUAGGGAAAAAAAUGUACGAGUAGGUUAGCGAAAAGGGUGAAUGUGUUUUUAACAACGAUUCCCGCGCGACACGAUUCCCAUCGAACCAGCAUCGAAUUUUGCGGUUACGUCGAUGGAGAACCUGAGUCGUCUCUGAAACCCCGUAGCAAACAACAGGGUCGUGAUUAAUAAUGAAACGUAAAGGCAACUGGAUGGUACGGCUCGAGAGAAAAAAAAAGGAAAAAAAAAUACAAUACAAAGCGUACCCCGGUUUCACGAGGCCUGAUUAGUCUUAUUGUGAUAUUAAUCUACCACUGUCUUAUGUAGAUCUCUCUGAUAUUAAGAUGUAAACGAUCGCUAAUAAUGAUUUUAUUACUAUUAAUCAUUAUUUUUUUUUUCUUAAAUAUGAUUAUCGCUCUCACUAUUAUCGCAAGAUUAUAAUUACGAUUAACGAAAGUUCUAUCACGAGUAUAAUAACACAGAGAUAUAACGUAUUAUAAUUAUACAAAGUAAGGACUGUACAGACUUUAAUUAAGCCGAUGAAAAUCCAAGAGUUUACAAGCACGCAUAUUCGCUUUUUUCCUUUUAUCUCGAUGGAAACAAAUUAAUCUCUAUUCUCGUGGAAGAUCGGCUGGAAAAUUUUCCAGAACUUUUUCAACCCACUUUUGCUGCAGUUGCUGCGAUUUUCCGGUCUCGUUGAUUUCGCUUCUCACGGGACAUUGUCGUUGAUUAAUUAACCGCUUUGCCCUCCUACUCGCUGUUUGUUGCUGUCAAAAGUGAUAUCACCUUUCUUCGCGCACCGAUUACAAACAAUUAGAUUAAAUUAACAUCGAAGAUUCUUGACAACCACUGCCCUUUAGUAUAUGCGAAGGAUUUGAAGAGAAACCUUGUACCGUGUAAAUUGUCACGUUACCGAAAUACACGCGAACGAAGUGUUUCUGGCUCGUGUUCGGAGAAAGAUCACCGAUGAAAGUUCGACUCGACGAGAGAUACUCCAGCUCGUAGCUAUCGUAAUGUCGUAGCUUGCGGUACACUCAUUGUUAGCGACCUUUCCAAUGUUUUAAUUUGGGUUACGACUAAUUCGGUUAGAGACAGACAAACCGCUUUCCGCUGUGCGAUACAAGACAGAGGGCGUUCCCGUAAGUUCGUCGCUAAACCUACAAGAGACAACCACGGAAAACAUAUUUUUAAAGCGACGAACACCAAAACCUGUCGAAGAACACUUGCGCGUGGAGAUAAAAAGUAGGA